AUGCACGACCUCGAGAACAAUUCCACACAAACCAAAACCAAUGCCUCAGCCUUCAAAUCCCUGGGAUGGCUCGACCGUUUCCUCGCCCUCUGGAUCUUCCUCGCCAUGGCGGUAGGCAUCAUCCUGGGCAACUUUGUACCCUCGACAGGUCCAGCACUGGAAAAGGGCAAGUUUGUUGGCGUCUCGGUGCCCAUUGCGGUUGGUCUUCUCGUCAUGAUGUACCCCAUCCUUUGCAAGGUGCGGUACGAGUGUCUUCAUGAGAUCUUUUCUCAGCGGGAUAUCUGGAGGCAGAUACUCUUCAGCAUUGUCAUUAACUGGAUCGUUGCGCCCUUUCUCAUGCUUGGCCUGGCAUGGGCAUUUCUCCCAGAUAAACCCGAACUCCGCAUCGGCCUCAUCCUCGUAGGCCUAGCAAGAUGUAUCGCCAUGGUCCUGAUCUGGAACGGCCUCGCAGGAGGUGACAGCGAGUACUGCGCCAUCCUUGUGGCCAUCAACUCGAUCCUCCAGAUGGCCCUUUACGCCCCCAUGGCCAUCUUCUUCAUCAGCAUCAUCAGUAGAGAAGAGGGCGCACUCGAAGUAUCCUACUCGACCGUCGCCACGAGUGUAGCCGUGUUCCUAGGGAUUCCCCUUGGUGCUGCUGUUAUAACCCGGUUCUCCCUUCGAGCGACGCUUGGUGCAGAUUGGUAUGAGCGGGUAUUCCUGCGCAUCGCCUCGCCGUGGUCCCUCAUCGGACUUUUAUACACAAUCCUCAUCCUCUUUGCUUCGCAGGGCCACCAAGUAGUCCACCAAAUCGUAUCAGUCGUCCGUGUCGCAGCGCCCCUAAUCGUCUACUUUAUCGUCAUCUUCUUCGCAACGCUUCUCAUGGCGCGGAAAUGGGGAUUUGGAUACCCGCUCUCGACGACACAGAGCUUCACGGCUGCGAGCAACAACUUUGAGCUUGCGAUAGCAGUGGCCAUCGCCACCUAUGGACCGGGUAGUGACCAGGCGCUCGCGGCGACCGUGGGGCCGUUGAUUGAAGUUCCGGUGUUGUUGGGGUUGGUGUAUCUCCUCCGGUGGGUUUCGGAUAAAUGGAGUUGGAGGACUUAA